AUGAGGAUUGUGUGGGAGCCUGGGAGAGGCUCUACUGUCCUUCUGUCCUCAGGGCCGUCGGGGACCGCGACCGCCGGCAGCUCCGUGGUGUCCGAGUCCGCAGUGAGCUGGGCGGCCGGCGCCCGGGCCGUGCUGCGUUGCCAGAGCCCGCGUAUGGUGUGGACCCAAGACCGGCUGCACGACCGCCAGCGCGUGGUCCACUGGGACUUCAGCAGCGGCCCAGCCGGUGGCCCUGCGCGCCGGCUCGUGGACAUGUACUCGGCGGGCGAGCAGCGCGUUUAUGAGCCCCGCGACCGCCGCCGCCUCCAGCUGCCUCCCUCCGCCUUCCACGACGGCAACUUCUCACUGUUCAUCCGCGCGGUGGAGGAGACGGACGAGGGGCUGUACACCUGUAACCUGCAUCACCAUUACUGCCACCUCUACGAGAGCCUGGCCGUGCUCCUCAAGGUCACUGAUGACCCCCGGGCGGCCGGCGCGCACUGGGACGGCGAGAAGGAGGUGCUGGCUGUGGAGCGUGGGGCGCCCGCGCUGCUGACGUGCGUGAACCGCGCGCACGUGUGGACCGACCGGCACCUGGAGGAGGCGCAGCAGGUGGUGCACUGGGACCGGCAGCCGCCCGGGGUGCCG